UAGAAGCACUAUUUAAACAUGGAAAGUCUGAAUUUCAAGCUUUGACCCCUUUAAGAUGUUUUUUUUUCAGUGAUGUACUUCCUUGAUGCUGGAGGAGAAAAAAACUUUGCCCACUAGAAAAAAAAGCUGUUAACCACAGAGUUUGUGUUCUCUUGGUUCCUGAAGAUAAGACAGACUCGACACGUAGAUAUAGUGUUUGAUGAUGAUGAUGAUGUCAUUGAGAAUGGCUUCUCUUCCUCUGAUAUUUCUGCUCAUUGUUCAAGGAGUUUAUAGUGCUGAUGAUGAGAUGGAUGUGAAUUACAGCCCUUCAUUCAUCUGUGCACUAAAGGGUUCAACAGUGAUAAUAAACUGCACUUAUAAAUACCCUACUGGACAUCAGAUAACUAAUGCUUUCUGGACAAAGAUUAACAGUCCUGAUCCUCCAGAUCUGUUCAAGGACUCUGAAUACAGUCAGAGGAUUCAGUAUCUGGGAGAUAAACAUCACGACUGCACCAUGAGACUGACUGAUGUGAGAAAGACAGAUUCACGCAAAUACUAUUUCAGAUUCAUUACUAAUAAAAAGAAAUACAUUGAUGUUCCUGGAGUGACUCUUAAUAUCACAGAUCUUCAGGUAAAUUCUUCAGAUGAGAGAGUGACAGAGAGACAAUCUGUGAAUCUGACUUGUAAAAGUAGAUGCAGUCUGAGUGACAGAUCAACAUUCAUCUGGUUUAAAAACACACAGUCAUUAAGUGAGAGAACAGACAGAAACAAUAAACUCAUCCUGAAGUCAGUUACAAGACAUGAUGCAGGCAACUAUAGCUGUGCUGUACAGGGACACAAACUCACAUCAACUCAUCAAUAUCUCAAUGUCGUCUAUGCUCCAGAUACUCCUGUGAUCUCCAUCAAACCUUCUGGUGAACUACUGGAGGGUGAUUCAGUGACUCUGACCUGCAGCAGUGAAUCAAAUCCACCUGUUAAGGACUACAACUGGUUUAAGGGGAACAACACAUCAUAUCUUGGAUCUGGAAGCACCUACAUCAUCUCGAAGAUCAGAUCAGAUCACAGUGGAAAAUACCUGUGCAGGUCCAGGAAUGAACUUGGAGCAAGAUAUUCAGAAGUGACUUUAAAUGUCUUGUACUAUCCAAAGAAGGUGAGAGCAUCCAUCAGUGGAUCUGGUGAAAUAAAAGAGGGUGAUUCAGUGAAUCUGACGUGCAGCAGUGAAUCAAAUCCACCGGUUCAGAUCUACAGCUGGUUUAAAGGAGAAACAUUUCUAGGAUCUGGAAGCACCUACAUCAUCUCAAACAUCAGCUCUGAUCAAAGUGGACAAUACAAGUGCAAAAAUAAACCUGGAGAGACAUUUUCUGAUUCUGUGACCUUAAAUGUUUUGUAUCCUCCAAAGGAGGUCACAGCAUCCGUCGGUGGAUCUGGUGAAAUAUUUGAUGGUGAUUCAGUGAAUCUGAUCUGCAGCAGUGAAUCAAAUCCACCUGUUCAGAACUACAGCUGGUUUAAGGUGAAGGAAACAUCACAUGUUGGAUCUGGACAGACGUACAGCAUCAUUCACUUUCAUUCCAGUCACAGUGAAUGGUUUUACUGUGAGGCUCAGAAUGAAGUCGGAUCUCAGAGAUCUGCCGCUGUAUCAGUCAAUGUUAAAGUUGUCAGUUGUGUCUCUUUCUUUGUAACUUUCGGGAUUGGAUUUUGUGUUGGAGUCUGUGCAGCAUCAGCUUCUCUAAUUGUUGGGAUGUUUAUUUGCAGAAGAAAGAGUUUAAGAAGAAAAGAUUCUGAACACACACCAGAGAAAGAUGAUGAUGCCAGUAAUGACACAUACACAGCCAUUGAACUCAAGAGCAGAUCAUCUGAUCUGUAUGAUACACUUACAGUAAGAUUAAUUCAACUCAAUUAGUCUGAAUGAAGAACAGAAACACAAUCAUUUAGUUUUAUUCAUACAGUUUGAUCACUUUUAGAAAUGUUUUUAUAAUCCGUCUUUGUCUUAAUGUUUCUGCAGCCCAAACAUAGAUGCUGAAGUAAAAGGCAGAGAACAAAGAAACAAAACUUUUCAUCUCUAAUAAUUGACAGAAAUCAUAACAAUUGAGACAAACGCUUAUAUUGUUUAUUGCAUUUGAAAAGUUUAACAAUUUUGUAUUACAGGUCAUGUGUCAUUAAAAUAUAUAUAUAUAUAUAUUCAGUACAGUAGUAGAUAAUUAACAUUGAAAAUAUAAGAAUAUAAGAAAUAUUGUUUGUAAAUCUUCAGUUGAGAUCUGUUUAACUCUUUUUUAAAUGAGACAUUUUGAGCAAAAACCUUAAACCACCAGUCUGACAAAGUCUCUAUUUUGAUGUGAUAUCUUUCUCUGUGUGUAUGUGUGUGUGUGUGCGUGCGUGGUAGUUUAGCUUCAUAGACCCCUUCACAGUUCACGUCACAGGCGGUUCCCACUGCGCAUGUCGGGGUCAGAAAAGCCAUUACAGCAGAUUGAGUUGCGUAUUAUUCGGUAUCGUCAAAAAUGCCUACUUACGUCGUGGGCUGUGAAAAUCGCACCAGGUCUUCCGUUAAGUUUUCGCGAUUCAUGCAGAAUCUCAAAAACAAAAAAAUACAACAUCUGCGGCUGCAAGCAAUUAACAUGCAGACUGGAACAAUGCAAAUAUCAAAGAGGCUUGUGUUUGUAGUGCUCACUUCAUUUCAGGUAAGUCAUCAUUUUUCAGCCCUGUUAGAUUAAAUUAUAAAGCCUGGAUGGUAUGAACAGUUUGACCCCAUGCUGCGCGCACCCGAUAGUCAUUCAAUGUUUACAAACCUUGAAGGGGUCUAUAUAUUAUGUUUAUAAGAAUUGCAAACUAUAAACUUGUAUGUUCACUGUAAAUAAGAAAAUAAUGACAUUGUGUCACAGUUCAUAAAUACAUCAAUAAUAAAUGAGUGUUAAGAGAAA